AUGGAUAUGAACCAUCUUAUAGGCUACGUUGGAACGUUACAUGAAAUCAACCCUGAAGCCUCGACUAUCGCCCUCGAAAAUGUCGUGUCUUACGGUACCGAAGGGAGACGGGGCAAUCCUGCCGAGGAAAUCGCCCCAUCCGCCAGCGUCUACGAAUACAUCGUGUUCCGUGGCAGUGAUGUGAAGGACAUCAGUAUUGCUGAAGAGAAAAAGGAAGAUGUGAAGCCAGAGCCUCCCCAGGUGCCAAAUGACCCUGCCAUUCUUGGGAGUAUGUCACGCCCCGGUCCUCCUCAGGCUCCUCAGCCUUCGCAACCUCCGCAGCAGCAAUCUCAGGUCUCGCGUCCACCGCCACCACCUGGCUAUCCGCAACAGCCUCCUUCGUUUCAGGGAUAUUAUCCACCUUACGGACAGCGCUUUGGUCCCCCUGGCUAUCCUCCAGGCCCAGGCUUCCCUCCUUAUGGUGCGCCCCCGGGAUGGUAUCCACCCCCUGGACACGGAUUUCCCCAGGGUCCCGGACAAUUCCCUCCUUCGCAAGGACCCAUUGGACCGCCAGGCCAUCAACAACAGCAGCAGCAGCAGCAACAGCAAC